CGCGCAUUGUGCGCUACCUGGGCGGCGCAAAAAGAAACAUCGCGUCUCUAAGAAACGAGCGCAAUGUCAUUUCUGUUUUUUUGUUUUUGCUAAGCGUGCGGUGGGUGAAGGAAAUGGUCAUUUCGUACAAAAAUAAAUAAACAAAUAUAAAGUAUUUGCUCUUUAUAAAGAAUUGCUCACUUUUAGCCUGAUGGUGGUUCUAAGCGUCAGGAGCGCGCACAGGCGGCGGUUUGUGCUGCUUUUCCUCAGUAUCACCGGGAUCAUCAUUUACCGGCACUUCAGUGGACAAAGAGAGAAGGUGAAGAUCAACAGGAAACAGGGAUUAAUCAUGAAUUCUUCCCAGUUCAUGCUGGGAGGUGAGCCAUUCCGCAUCCUCGGGGGUUCCCUCCACUAUUUUCGUGUCCCUCAGGCCUACUGGAAGGAUCGCAUGAUGAAGUUGAAGGCUUGCGGCCUCAACACUCUAACCACAUACGUGCCGUGGAAUCUGCACGAGCCUCAGCGAGGGAACUUCCAGUUCAGCGCAGGUCUGGAUUUGGAGACAUUUCUGCUCCAGGCAGCUGAUUUGGGUCUCUGGGUCAUCCUUCAUCCGGGUCCGUACGUUUCCUCAGAGCUGGACCUCGGAGGAUUACCCAGCUGGCUGUUAAGAGACAGGAAAAUGAAGCUGAGGACGACGUACACCGGCUUCACGCAGGCCGUCGAUGCUUUUUUGGACAAGCUCAUUCCAAAAAUGGUGCCAUUACAGUUCAGGAACGGCGGCCCCAUCAUUGCCAUGCACGUGGAACAUGAGUACGGCUCAUAUGCAGUGGACAGGAAAUAUAUGUCCUUUCUGAAAGAGGCCCUUGAGCAGAGGGGCAUCAGUGAGCUUCUCCUUGCUUCAGACAGCCACGAAGGCUUAGAAAGUGGAGGAGUGAGCAGAGUCCUCAGGACUUUGAAUCUAUUCAAACUAAAUCACGAAGACAUCAAAUAUCUGGAUUCAGUGCAGCCAAACAGCCCUGUGUUCAUUACGGAGUACUUCACUGGUCACUUUGAUGGCUGGGGAGAUUUGCAUCACAUCUUUCCUGUAGAAGACAUGGUUGCAGUGGUUCGAGAGGCUCUGCGACGCGGCAUGUCCAUCAACCUGCACAUGUUCCAUGGAGGAACAAACUUCGGCUUCAUGACCGGUGCUGUGGCCAAGCCCUCUUACAAGGCUCUAAUCACUAGCUAUGAUUAUGAUGCGCCUCUAUCCGAGGAUGGUGAAUAUACACCGAAGUACCACCUGCUGAGAGAACUCCUCGGUCGAUACAGUGGCGAUCCUCUGCCAGAGAUGCCGGCUCUACGCCGAAAGGAGAGCUACGAGACAGCCAUCAUGUACCGACACCUCACUUUAUGGGAUGCUCUGCCUUUCACGAAGGAGAAGCCUUUUAAAUCCAGGAGUCCUGUGAAUAUGGAGAGUCUCCCUGUAAACAACAAGAACGGGCAAGCUUACGGAUACACGCUCUAUGAGACCACUAUCACCACCGGGGGCUUCUUAAAAUCGGGGAACAACAUCCGAGACAGAGCGCUGGUGUUUGUGAACAGAGGCUUCAUUGGCACUUUCGACUACAAGACUACAGAGUUAGCGGUUUCUGAUGGGAAGGAAGCUCGGACACUGAGUUUCCUGGUGGAGAACUGCGGACGAGUGCACUCUGGACAGACCAUGGACAAUCAGCGCAAAGGGAUUGUUGGAGACAUUUUAUUGAACAAUGUGCCUCUUAAAAACUUCAUAAUUUACAGCCUGGAUAUGACACGUAGCUUUAUCGACAGUUUAUACAGAGCUCCAUGGAAGUCUCUCCCUCAGAAGCCCAGCUUUCCAGCGUUUUUCCAGGGAAGGCUUUUCGUGGACGGAUUUCCAAGCGACACCUUCGUCAAGCUGCCUGGCUGGAGCAAAGGCGUGAUCUUUAUCAACAGUCAGAACGUGGGGCGUUAUUGGCACGUUGGCCCUCAGCAGGCGCUCUACAUCCCGGGGCCUUUCCUCAACAGCGGAAUCAACCAAGUGACUGUGUUUGAGGAAGAGGAAUCCGAUUUUAAACUCCAGUUUGAAACCUCUCCUGAUCUGGGAAUGACCAUGGACAUUCAGUGACGACACGGAAGAGUCGGGAAAACAACGAAAUAAAAAAAUAUCUGCUGAUAUACA